AUGUAUCAUCGACAGACAAUUCUGAUCGGCACAAUCUUCAUUUCAGUUACCCUCCUCACGCUUUUAUAUCAUUCGUUGAAUGUACAUCCCAAAAAUGCACGCCGCAAUGCCAACUGGACAGAGACACAACUGGAAUUCCGGGGUUUUGUGGUGAAUAGUGGUCACAUAGAGGAAAAACGUCUAGCACUUCCGAGUCUGGAGAAUAUAAGUUGGCCAGAAAGGGAAUUUCUACCUCUUCCAAUGGGUGCGCCAGGAAUUCGUUCAGUGCCCCUGCAAACCACAUUUAGUCGCGGUCAAAUGCGCACCUUGUGGGACCUGUUCGGUAUAUUCAUAACUGCGAUGGAGGAACUCGGUUUAAGUGACCGAUGGAUGCUCUACGGUGGUACCUUGCUCGGCUCCUAUCGACACCACGACAUCAUCCCCUGGGAUGAUGACAUUGAUGUUCUCGUGGACGUUGGGGUGAGAACAGUACUAAGGGAGAAGUUUCACAGAAUGGAACCCGACAUCCUAUUUUAUGAAGGAAAAAAUCAGGAUAGGCUUUAUGCGAAGUUAAUUGAACCGAGUGAUUCAUCUGAAGACGUGUACGGCAGUCGUCAACUGCGUGGCAAGGACAAUGGCUGGCCUUUCGUGGACAUUUGUUACUACUCCUCAAGUGAAACGCACAUAACAGAAAUUGGAUGGUCCUAUGAACGCGCACCACUCUACGGCACUGUUCUGGACAAGGAUAGUUAUCAGGAGGAUUUGGGUUGGGUCCGUGAGCGGCUGGUUCAAGGUGGAAAAAUCAUUCACGAGCUCCAACUGGUUGCCCCUUUGCGGGAAUUCACAGUGGGGAAGUCUAAUACGCGAUCAUUUUUCCACUUUUUACAAGGCCUAUUCUAG